CGCCGCUCCGCGACGUCGAGAAAAUGUGACGCAUGCGCGAGGUCGGUCUUGCGUGUCUCGCCUAAAGCCUCGUCCACAUGGAAGUCGUAAGAAUAGUCGACUAUGAUUGGUCAAUUCUUAUGUGUCUGACGAAAUUGACCAAUCGCAGUCGAUCAUUCUUACGACUACGACUGGCAUUGUAGACCACGCAUUACGCCUAGGUCCUAACCUAUCUUUGGAUGCACGAGUGAACCCGAUUCGGGGCAUUGUCGGGAGUGGAGCGGCGUUUGUUCGCGUAGGGACGAUGCGUUGUAACACCUCGUAGACGCGAUGGGCGCGCGCGACGAGCAACGUUCUCGCGCGACGAGGCUGUCGUAGGAUGGCUGGGCGCGAGAGCGGCGGCAGGAUCGAAUCCGUAACGGAUCCGUGCCCCGUGAAUCCCCGUAGGAUCGGCCCGCAGAACGUGGUGGUGCGACUGAGGCGAAGGGAGACGAUGGGCUGCCCGUACCCGGGCACCCACGUGCACUGCGCGCGGCAGUUCUACCAGAACGUCUUCCCCAACUUCACCGUGAUGAACGUGGAGAAGCCGCCGUGCUUCCUACGCAAGUUCAGCCCGGACGGCAGGUACCUCGUGGCGUUCAGCGCGGACCAGACGUCGAUCGAGGUGUACGAGUACCGCGGGGCGCCGGCCGCCGCGGACCUGCUGGCCGACUGCGAAGAAGAGUACGUCGGCCACAAAAGCGACGACCGUAGCUUUCACAUACGAAGUAAUGUCUUCGCGCGGUUUUUCAAGGUGAAGUGGAUUAUAAAUGUAGUAGAAAGCAACCAGCAAUUGAACAGAGAAUGCAGUCUCUUCACAGACGACGCACGGUACGUAAUCGUGGGCUCGGCCGCUCACAUCCCCGAGGAGCUGAGACCGCACUUUUAUCAGAUUUAUUCCAAUAACGAGGCAUUGACGCCGAAUCCCAGGUCGCCGCUCGAGGAUUACAGCUUGCACCUCGUCGACUUGAAGGGUGGAAAGCUGUGCGACACGAGACACUUCAAAGUGGACAAAAUUUAUUUGUCGCAUAAUCAAGGUUUGUAUUUGUACAAAGAUAUACUGGCAGUCUUGUCCGUGCAGCACCAAACCAUACAUAUCUUUCAAAUACUCGAUGGCAUGUUUAUAAAUGUGAGGACGAUAGGAAGGUUUUGCAUGGAAGACGACGCGUAUUUGUUGACGAGUGCUUUCCCCGGAAUCAAUUACCGGCCGUUUAAGGACGUUGCAAUAAAUAGUCUGAAGCACAGGUUAUUGGUAUACUUGUACAAACGAGCGGAGUAUAUAAGCUACGUGGCGAAGGAUCCCUACGAACUGAGAAGGUAUUAUCAAUACUUUGAUCAGCUCAACUCGCUACGGAUGUGGAAGAUGCAGCUGCUGGACACGAAUCACAUACUGGUCAGGUACGCGAGCGAAGAAGUGGCGACGUUGCAAGCGAACGAGCCAAAUGCGCAGCCGGCUCUGCUGGUGGUUUACGACAUGGUCACGGCGAAAAUCCUGGCGGCUUACGACAACGCGUCGACUCAGCUGUUGACCCAAUUCGAGAAUUUCAGCGACUUCUUCAGAAACGCCAGGAUGAGCACGGAUUGUCAGUACAUGUGUUCGCCGUCGAAUAACAUAUACGCCAGAUUGUUGCAGCAGAGGUUCAAGCAAACGAUAAUAAGCGCCAGAUACGGAGGCGUUACCGAAGCCACGAAGAGGCUGCUCGCCCAGUUGCCGAUAUGCGCGCAAUCCUACUCGAGCUCUCCGUACCUCGACCUGUCGCUAUUCUGCUACGACGACAAAUACGUGUCUAUGAUGGAACGUCCCAAAGCUUGCGGGGAACAUCCGAUACGCUUCUAUGCGCGCGAUUCGGGCCUCUUGAAAUUCAAAAUGUACGCCGGCAUGCUGGGCCGAACAGCACCGACGGCUGCGAGACGACUAGUCGCGUUCACGUUCCAUCCAACGGACCCGUUCGCAAUCUCGGUGCAACGUACUAAUGCAGAAUAUAUCGUCAGUUUUCACGUUAGGCGCGUCUAAGUCUUCCCUUUCUCUCUGCUAUUACUUUCUCGCGUGAGAAUUGUCGAGAUCGCUGCCGUUGAAGUACAAAAUGGACUUUACUUUUCGAACAAAAGCUCUUACAGCUGCGAUUAUGCAAAGUUACAUUAGAUUCAAAGACUAUCCUCAACUACUAGCAUGUAAGAUGCAAUGUAAUUUAAUAUACUUUUAAUACAAUUGAACAUCGAGCAA